GUCUUUUGGCUCCGGCAAACACCUGUCGAAGUGUCCUUGGUUCUCAUGGAUUUCUUCUUGAUGUAUGGAGCUGACAUUCCAUCACUCCUUUCCCUCCCCACCCCACCCCCAGUUCAUUGGCAAGCUGAGAAGCAAUAAUGGUUGCAAUAGCAUACAUGUGCUUCCAAACCUGACAUGCAAAUGCAAAAAAAAUAAUAAUGCAGCAACCACCUUCUUUAUCAUCCAGCAUUGGAAAAACCCCUGGACAAAAACCCAACAUUAUUUGCAUUUGUGUUUUGAAUCCAGCGACCGAAUGAGGAAGGCACGGGAGGGAAAACGCUAGUUAUGAGAAGUAGUUCUGAACAGCAGCGAGAGCAAGGCACGAGAAGGCACAUUGGGUGAACUUUCAGUAUCACAAGAACUCUGUGUUGUAGCUGUGAUUCAGCCUGGCUGAAUAAUUGUUUGCUCUCACUUACCUGCAAGAUAAAGAACCGUUCAACUUGGUCUCAGUUGAGUUUCAGUUCUCCUAGGAAAGUCAUCGCCUGCUAUUUUUCCUAAGAAAUGGACCCUGACAUGGACUUUCGGAAAUGUCGACUUUCCUGCUUCCUGCUCUUUGUUUGGUCUUUUAACUGUGGGGUGUGUGUGGAGGUGACUGUGCCACCCGAUCCUGUGAUGGAGCAGAAAGGUUCACAUGUGGAAAUUCCUUGUCGCUAUAAAACAUCUGUGGGCAAAAGCUUUGCUUUGGAAUGGAGGUUUGCCGGUGGCACCACAGCCCCUGAUGCUGGGACACAGAUUCUGUAUUUUGCAAAUAAUAUGCUCUACAAGCCAAGUGCGCAAGCUGACCGGCUCAGCCUCCUUCACGAACCUCCCACGCUGGGAGAUGCUUCCAUCCGAUUGAACAAUAUCCGGGCAUCGGAUGCUGGCACUUACAUCUGCGAAGUGAAUAACCCGCCAGAUUUCGAUGGCACUGGUACUGGGCUUGUGAGUCUCGUCGUUUUAAUGCCACCAUCUACACCAGUCUGUAAGGGCUCCACCUCUUCACCUAUUGGAUCAGAUGUCACCUUCUCCUGCAGUUCUUCUGAAGGUGUGCCUGCCCCGAUUUAUUCCUGGACUCUGCUGGAUUCUAAACAGCCAUUUCCUGCUUCCAACAUGGUGCAAAACCAACAAAAGGGAACUCUCCUAUUGACCAACCUCACACUUCAGUCGUCAGGUACCUACCGCUGCAUUUCUUCCAAUGAGUUUGGACACCAAAGUUGCCAAAUCUCCCUCCAUGUGACAGGUGUUUCAAAAGCUGGAGCAGUUGCAGGUGCCCUUAUUGGGGCCAUUUUAGUCCUAUUCCUGCUUGGAGCCAUUGUCCUCUACGUCUUGCACUACAGAAGAAAUAGGACGGCUAAGAAGAAGCCUCAGUCUGAGUACAGUGGAAAUGAAAUAAGGGAGGACGCCGCUGCUCCUGGAAUCUUCAACCCCAAGGCAAAAAGGGACAGUAAAUCCGAAAGUCAUCUCCUGGAAAAUGUCUCUUCUAGACCUGGAUCAGUCAGUACAACCAAAUCCCAACUAAAGAACUUCAUAGUCUGAAUUUGCAUUUCUAUUUCCCCUCUUUAAAGGCCAGCUGUGUUUUACUGCAGUGAAAGUGGGGUUCAUCUGAAAAACCCAUCCCAUCUGUGUUGCGUGGCCUUUAUCUACCACUCCUAAUCCUUGUGUUGCAUUGAUACCUGUUAAGUUACUUCCCUGCGGGUUUGUGAAGUUUCCUGUCAAGUUAUUUCCUGCAGGUUAAGUUUUAUUUGUUUGUGAUGCUUGCUUGGUACUGUUUGUGUCGUCGGACAGGUUAGGUCAAGAAAAUGUCACCAUCCGCAUGAAAAAAAAAAAUCCUCAUUUCAACUUUAUUUGUUAUUUCUUAGCUAGGCUGAGUGUACAAAAGUUUCUACCUAUCUCAGUGACGUGCAGUGAGGUUUAUGGCUGGUGAGGCAGUCCUCUCCCCCGACACCCCAC